AUGAACGCUGCAAUAGCAUUCAUCUUGACUGCUAGUGUGGCUGCAGUAUACACUCCAGUACCUGGUGCAGCCCAGUCUCCAGUCUAUACCAAUGCAUGGGGAGUGAAGGUUGUUGGAGGUCUGGGGGUAGCUAACAGUGUCGCCAUGAGGCAGGGCCUCACCAACAUGGGACAGGUUGGUACUCUGGAAGAUAUGUACUGGUUCCUGCUGCCACUUGAUAAGCACUACCAUAUCGCCGCCAUGGCUCCUUACCCACAAAUUACUGCGGCUCUGCUACAGGAAGAUUCGUCGAACGAUAAUAACAACCUUCAUCUUAAAGUGGAGCCUGCAUGGAUCCAGGGAUUUACUGGAUGUGGAGUGGUUCUAGCUAUAGUUGAUGAUGGUGUGGAUUUCAAGCAUCCAGAUCUCAUCAGAAACUAUCUCCUGGGUCUGGAUUUGAAUGCCUUGACUUGCACUGAUAGUGCAUUUCCUAAUUUCGGAGACACUCACGGAACAUACGUUGCUGGAGUCAUCGGCAUGGAGAAGAGCAACGGCGUGUGUGGUGUGGGUGUGGCUUACAACUCCCUUAUCACUGGUAUUUUGCUGCUUUCGGGAUUUCAGAUAGAUAUAAGCGAGGCAAAGGCGUUCCUUCAUCAGAAUAACAAGAUAGACAUAUACUCCAACAGUUGGGGUCCGAUCGACUCUGGCCGUUCCGUGCUUGGGCCUGCUUUGAUGGCAACCAUGGCUCUUGAGCAGGGAGCUCAGCAGGGUCGACAUGGGAAGGGGUCCAUAUUUGUCUUCUCGUCAGGAAAUGGAGGAAGAAACGAUGACGACUGUGCUGCAAACGGCUAUGUUCAGAGCAUCUACACCAUUGGCAUUGGAGCACUAUUAAGUGAUGGGAGACCUACCGACUAUGAUGAGAGAUGCUCCGCCAAGAUGGCCUCCACCUUUGAUGGUACCAGUGCUGCAGCUCCUCAGGCAUCUGGUGCUAUUGCUCUGGCCUUGGACCCAAACCACCACUUUGGAUUUGGAGCCAUUGAUGCGGAGGCACUAGUGACGAGAGCCAGACACUGGAUCAACGUACCUCAGCAACAGAUGUGCACAAUCUACGUCGACGACACCAUCUUUGUUGGACCUUCUUCUGAAGAAUCAAUCGAUAUCUUAGUCCAUGACGAGAAAGUAGGCUUUCUGGAACAUGUGGUAGUGCAAGCAACAGUUGCAGUGUUUCUGGGUAACAGAGGAGACGUUCAAUUGGAGCUAACAUCACCAGCUGGCACUGUGUCGAUACUCCUGUCAUAUCGCUUACUAGACAUUGGACCUGGACUGUACUACAAGUGGCCAUUCAUGUCUGUGCAUUUCUGGGGUGAAGACCCAUACGGAAAUUGGACUCUGACUGUCAGGUACCGUGGAGCCGUAGGUAGUGUCGCAGUCGAUGAUAUCCACUUCACAACCUAUGGCACUGCUGAAGUACCACAGGCAAUUCAAAACAUACCAGCGACUUGCGACCCAGUGUGUGCCCGAGGCUGUGCACGUGCAGGUCCAGAGUACUGCGACUCGUGUCUUCAGUUCCGCAUUGCCGAUGAUCUCACGUGUGUGGACGAGUGUCCUCCUGGACUAGUCCAGAGGCAAGGCUACUGCUACAAUGCCACUCUACCCGAGCCAAUAUGUUCCAAUGCUAAAGAGUAUGAGUGUUCCCACGAGUGCAAAGAGGAAUGCUCUAGUGGAGUGGUGUCAAAGAAGGAUGCCUGUUAUGCCGCCUGUCUGCUACAUUACAAGGAGAAGCAUCAUAAGAUUCGUCAAGAUCCCUACGGUACAUGA